AUGCAAGAACAUAUAUUAUCUGCAGGAGAAGAAUGGGGUGGCCAGAAGUCAACUAAGUUUUGGCCAACUAAGAAGCAUGUUGAGCAGAAAAUAACAGUUGAUCCUCAGUACAAACAAGUCUUUGAUACAAAGGGAAGGACUCAUUAUGAGUCAAGAGUUGGGUAUCAGCCAGAUUGGAGACCAUCUGUUGGACAAAUUGAUUUUGCUAAGAAUCAUGAAAUAAAGAGACCCUCUUGCAAAGCUGCUGUCAAUAAAGUCAUUACUGACGCGAAGCCCAGGCCUCAGAUGAAACAUAUUGAGCAAGCUCCGAGUGGCACUUAUGAAGAUGACGAAAUUGGAAUAAGAACAUUUAUUCAUGAUAACAGAAAGACUAUCAAAGAGUACCACACUGAGAAUCAAAUGGGACGUAAAUAAGAGAAUCGACUUUGACCAGAUGAGAAAUGGAAUCGGUGUUAACUCACUUGGAGAUAAGAAAUACAAGGCAGUUGAAUAUUCUGAACAGUUCUUCCAUGAAGGUGGCCUCAUUGCUGGAAGCACACACCAAGUUAAGAUCAAAAGCGUCGGAAAUGCUAAAGCAAUUGAUUUCUACUCUGGUCUUAAAAUCGAUGGGCCCCUUAAUAAAGACAGAGUGAGGUGGGUAGACAGAGUAAAGAAGGAAGAAAGAGAUACCGACAUUGAUGCAGUCACAUCCCUCAACGACUGGGAGAAAACCAUCCUUAAAGACGUAGACCCAAAUUACGAAAUCUCUGACGAUGAGAAUGCUCCUGCAAGAGUGGAAGAGCCAGUACCUGUGAAAGGAAAAGGAAAGAAGAAAUAA